UUACUGAAAGCAGAAACUCGCUCAGUCGCUGCUCAGAUGAGAAAAUGGCGCGGAGAGGAUCUAAUCUUACUUCAGAGAACAUUUCUUGUUCCAUCUGUCUGGAUCUGCUGAAGGAUCCGGUGACUACUUCCUGUGGACACAGCUACUGUCUGGACUGUAUUAAAGACCACUGGGAUGAAGAGCACAGUAAGGGAAUCUACAGCUGCCCUCAGUGCAGGCAGACCUUCAAACCGAGGCCUGUGCUGCAGAAAAACAUCCUGCUAGCAGAGUUAGUGGAGGAUCUGAAGACGACUGGACUCCAAGAUGCUGCUGCUGCUGCUGCUGCUGAUCACUGCUAUGCUGGAGCUGAAGAUGUGGCCUGUGAUGUCUGCACUGAAAAGAAGAUGAAGGCUGUCAAGUCCUGUGUGGUCUGUCUGGUCUCCUACUGUGACAACCACCUUCAGCCUCACUGUGAUGUAGCUGCAUUGAAAAAACACCAGCUGGUGGAGCCCUCCAAGAACCUCCAGGAGAACAUCUGCUCUAGUCAUGAUGAGGUUAUGAAGAUGUUCUGUCGCACUGAUCAGCAGCUGAUCUGUUAUAUCUGCUCUGUGGAGGAACAUAAAGGCCAUGAAACAGUCCCAGCUGCAGCAGAAAGGAAGCAGAAGCAGAAGAAGCUGGAGGAGAGUCGACUGAACAUCCAUCAGAGGAUCCAGGACAGAGAGAAAGAUGUGAAGCUGCUUCACCAGGAGCUGGAGGCCAUCAAUGUCUCUGCUGAUAAAACAGUGGAGCACAGGGAGGAGAUGUUCAUGAACAUGAUCCGUCUCAUCCAGAACAGAAGCUCUGAGGUGAAGCAGCAGAUCAGAUCCCAGCAGGAGGCUGAAGUGAGUCGAGUCCAAGAGCUGGAGGAGAAGCUGCAGCAGGAGAUCAGUGAUCUGAAGAGGAAAGACGCUGAGCUGAAGCAGCUCUCAGAGACACCAGAUCACAGCCAGUUCCUCCACGACUACCCCUCAGUGUCAGCACUCAGUGAGUCCACACACUCAUCCAGCAUCAGCAUCCGUCCUCGGAGACACUUUGAGGACGUGACAGCAGCUGUGGAAGAGCUCAGAGAUCUGCUCCAGGAUGUUCUGAGGGACACAUGGACAAACAUCUCACUGGCCAUCACUGACGUGGAUGUUCUACUGUCAGAACCAACGACCAGAGAUGGGUUCUUAAAAUAUUCACGAGAAGUCACUCUGGAUCCAAACACAGCACACAGACAGCUGUUACUGUCUGAUGGGAACCGAAAAGUAGAAGUCAUGGAUGAACCACAGCCUCAUCCUGAUCAUCCAGACAGAUUCACUGACUGGAUUCAGGUUCUGAGUAAAGAGAGUCUGACCAGACGCUGUUACUGGGAGGUGGAGUGGAGAGGAGAAGGAGGAGUGGACGUAGCAGUCUCAUACGAGAACAUCAGCAGAACAGGGGAAACAUACGAGUGUGGAUUUGGAUUCAACGACAAAUCCUGGUCUUUGUUUUGUGACACCAACAGGUAUGUAUUUCUGCACAACAACACCAAAACUCCCGUCUCAGGUCAUCCUUCCUCCAGAGUAGGAGUGUACCUGGAUCACAGAGCAGGUGUUCUGUCCUUCUACAGCGUCUCUGACACCAUGACUCUCCUCCACAGAGUCCACACCUCGUUCACUCAGCCGCUACACGCUGGAGCUGGGCUUUACAAUUAUUAUGGAGACACGUUAGAGUUCAUUAAACCUGAAUAGACUGAAGUCUUUACAGAGCAGCUGGUUAAAAUGUUGGAGUUUCCAGCUGAUUCAAUCUCAUUGUACACUGUAAAACCCACGGCUUGAUUUUACUGUCGAUUUUUUCUUUUUUAAAACAUUUGACCAUUAUUUACCAGAUUUGUACUACUGAUAACAUCUGCUAAGAGCACAGAAAAAAGGUUUAGUUUAUAUGUUAACUGCAAAAAAGAAGAAAAAAGUCCCAAACUGUAAAUAAUGUUCACAUUAAAGUAAUUUGUUCUUUUAUAAGGUUUU